CUUCUGAAUUCAUUGAACCAGGACCUCAGUUGAGUACAGUGUUCCAGAAAAAACAAGGGAAGAAGACCAUUGAUGUGUACUGGCUGUCUGAUGACGGAGGUCUGACCCUGCUUCUGCCCUACCUGCUGACUCGGAGGAAGCGCUGGGCCAGAUGUAAGGUCCGAGUGUUUGUGGGGGGGGAGACAGAGCAGAAGGACGAGCAGAAAGAGAAGGUGUUGGCACUGAUCAAGAAAUUCCGCCUUGGUUUCCAUGACGUUGAAGUGCUUCCUGACAUCUACCAAAAACCCCAGCUGGGAAAUGUUCAUCAGUUUGAGAAUAUGGUGGGUCGCUUCAAGAUUGAAACUAAUCCCAAACAGGACUCUGAUUGUGAUCUACCAAGACAGGAGGAGCUGUUUAUGAUCACUGACCAGGAUCUGGAGAGGAACAGGGCCAAGUCUCUUCGUCAGAUUCGUCUAAAUGAGGUUCUGCAGGAUUACUCCAGAGAAGCUGCUCUGAUUGUUAUCACCAUGCCAGUGGGGAGGAAAGGGGUGUGUCCAAACACUCUCUACCUGGCCUGGCUGGACUUCCUGUCUCGAGAUCUGAGAGCUCCCAUCCUAUUGGUCAGAGGAAACCAGGAAAACGUCCUCACCUACUACUGCCAAUAAAUGUCUCCAUGAGAACAGUAUACAGCUC